CUCCAGUCCUCACUCCGUCCAACCAUUACUCCGGCGGCCGCCCGGCGAUCUCAAUUCAGCCGCUUUAAUUUGUUGCUGACAUUUGGAGUUAACGCGGAUUCUACUGUUUAUAAUGCUUCAGUCAGCCGGGAGGAAAUAGUUCGGGAUUUAGCAAAUUUGUUGACUUGCAUAUCUGAGUCAGGAUCACUUGUGGAAGGCAAGAUGGAAGGUGACCAGGGAACGUCUCAAGGACAAACUUAUCAUGUUGAUGGCGCUGAUAUAGAGUAUAUCUCAGGACUUAGUACCUUAUUGGCUGCCACAAUUCAGGAAACGAAAGAAAGUGUUUCCCAGAUAGAGUAUUUAUUCUGCAAACAGUUAUUUCCAGAUUUCCAAUCAAAAAUGAAAAAGAUCUAUUCUGAAGCAAAAAAAGCUGCAGAAGAUGAAUGGAAAAAUAAGGAGAAUGAUUUGAUUGUUCAAGUAAAAACACUUGAAUCUGAAAAGCAGAAAGUUAUUGAAGAAAAUCAGUUUUUAAAACUGGAGAAUCACAAGAUAAAGAAAAUCCCUAGAGAUCUCGAGGAGGAGCUUAAAAGAAAGACUAAGGAGAUAGCUGAAAAAAGAGAACUGCAGCAGAGUUUACGUGAACUUCUUGAGGCAAAGGCAUCCUUGGUGAAUAGAAAUGAAAAGAGAAUGAAGGAGCUUGAAGAGGAAAAUAAGGAAUUACAAUCAAAUUUAAAAAGUAAGUGUAGAAUAAUCGAAGAAAUUGAGGAAUCAAAAUGUGAGUUGCUCCAGUUAGUUCAGUCAAAGGUCUUGCUAAUUGAGCAGCAAGAACGACAAUUAAAACAAUUUGAGGAUAAAGUAAAUGAGAUUUCUGAAAAAAAUCAAGUUCUAGAGAAAAAUAUUGAUGAGAAAACAGAGUUUCAAGAAACAUUGCUGAUGAAAAUGAGAACACAAGCUGCUGAGAAUUUAAAGACUAGGCAGCUUCUGGAUGACUCUGAGGCGGAAAAUAGAGUAAUAACAGAUCAAAUAGAAGUUCUAGAGGAUAAGUUCAAAAGGCAAAAACAACUCACCGAACAGAAUGGAUCCAAUGAAUUGAUGAAGACUAGAUGUAAUUUAGAAGAGCUCCAAAAGGAGAAAAGAUUGCUUCUUGUGAAAGUAAAAGGUGUAGAGGAGGAAGUUGAUAAGCUUCAAGUGGAACUAAAGGAGAAGAGAAAAGAGUCGUCAGACGGAAUGAAAUUGCAUGGGAAAUUGCUUCAGCAGAUUGAAGGUAAGAAUGCUGAGAUAAUGAUAGAGCGGCAGAAAAGAAGGGAAGUUAUAGAUGCUUAUAAGAAGCUUAAAUCUCAGUACAACUAUUUAUGCUCAAAGUUCGGCUUAACUUCAGACAAUAUGCAUGCAAGUACGAGCACAAAAGUUGAUAAAGAGUCGUUAGUCCAUGAUCAGAAUAUGUUGGAUUCACCUGUUACAGGCAGGAAGUCCCCUAAUAGCCCAAUGCCUGCUUAUGAAAUGACUAAUCGUAUUAUAAACCAACAAAACCCCGAAGACUACAAAGAAACCAAAUUAAUACAAGGAUCAACCUCGACUUCACCUCUUGUAGAUGGAACCGACAGCAGCAAAAAGACGCCAUUAUUGUCUGGAACAAAACGGCCAGCUUCUCACUGGAGAGACACAAGGCCUACAAAAAACAGAAACGGGGCAGACCCACAUGAUGAUUUUCUUGACACUCCAUUAGAAAACAUCAAAGCAGACUUGAGAAAAGGAGUAAAGGAAGAAGACAUUCACCAUCUUCCCGGCCCGGCUCCUAAAGACAUGAGUUUUGACAGCUCUGAUGACGAAACACAGGAUGUAAGUGCCAACCCAGACCCGCAAAGGCCUGAAAAGAAAAGUUUUAAGUAUGUUGAACCCGUAAGAAAGAAAGCCGAGAGAGCUAAUCUUAAAGGUGUUGAAUGCAAGCAGUGCAAGAAGUUCUAUGAUGCUGUUCUUCCUGACGGUGGUGAUAAUAAUAAACAGAAUCUACGUUGUGAGCAUCACGAGGGUGUUUCUAGGCAUCGAUACAGGUUUGCACCCCCUUCAACUCCUGAAGGUUUUUGGAAUAUUGGAUUUGAAUCUGAAAUGUGAGUCAUACAUAGAACUGUAGAUUUGAUUAUAUUCGAUUUAAAAUUACCGAUUUGUACUUCUUUGUGUCAAAGACAGGACGUGCUAUGGCCGUAUUCGAAUUGUAUUUCCAGAAACAGAAUUUCUUACAAAUUCCCUUUAAAAAGAUAAGUGCUUGAAUAGACAGUUUGACAACAA